UCCGCUUUCACCCCAAGGUGUAUCAUUCCAAGGGUUACCUGAAUCUAUGUGAUUUUGUAGUGAUCGUAAAGGUUUUACCGAGAACUCUGGACUUCUAUCUUAAAAAGGAUGCAUAAAAUAUUCGGAAAAAAGAACAAAAGUAAAGAUAAUCUCGUGGAAUAUUCACAAAAUUCUACGGGAAAUGACGGACCCCGCCCAGCGGAGGGGAACAACACACCUGACACGAACGGCACAACGCAACAACAGCCGGCGGUACAGAAGAAUGACCCCCCUCCCCAGCCGCCCCGUCCCAAGCUAGUAUUCCACUGUCAGCAGGCUCAUGGGAGCCCAACCGGUAUCAUCUCUGGGUUCACCAAUGUGAAAGAAUUAUACCAGAAAAUAGCCGAUUGCUAUGAUUUACCUGUUUCAGAAAUACUCUUUUGUACAUUGAAUACACACAAAGUGGAUAUGUCCAGACUGUUGGGUGGACAGAUUGGUUUGGAGGAUUUUAUAUUUGCCCAUAUCAAAGGUCGUCCCAAAGAAAUGGAGGUGACAAAGUCCCAGGAUGCAUUAGGACUGACCAUAACGGACAAUGGAGCUGGGUACGCGUUUAUCAAACGAAUAAAAGAGGACAGUAUAAUGGACAAACAAGAACUGAUUUCAGUGGGUGAUCAUAUAGAAAAAAUUGAUGGAAAAAGUUUAGUGGGCUGCAGGCAUUUUGAGGUGGCCAAGAUGUUGAAAGAGAUUCCUAAAGGAACUACGUUUACCAUUCGUGUUGUGGAGCCCAUGAAGUCUGGUUUCUCUUUUGUUGAGAAAUCCAGCGGGAAAAAGGGAAGUGGAAACAUAGGAUCAGGCAAACAGACGUUACGACUUCGAUCCUCAGGGCCCGCCACUGUGGAAAUUCCUGAUGAUGUAGUGAAUGUGGCAGUUGACAAAGUAAAUGGUUUGUUGGAAUCAUUCAUGGGAAUCAAUGACACAGAGUUAGCUCAAACAAUAUGGGAGUUAGGAAGCAAGAAAGAUAACCCAAGUGAUUUUGCCAUGGCGGUGGACAACUCGGAACUUAAAGACUUUGGUUUCACGGACGAUUUUGUAUUCGACCUUUGGGGUGCAAUUUCUGAUGCAAAGAGUGGCCGACUAACAAAGGGUGUGCAGGAAUUUAACGAACAGUUUUAGAGACAUGUCGUCCUGGGUCUAUACGUGUACAAAAGUUGUGGUAACGUGUUGUGAUAAAUUUCUGUCUACAUUCCCUCGUCAUUUUGUGAUGCAGUCAUACAAAAACGUAUCACCAUUUUAUAUUGCAAAUUUUUACUUUUAAAAAAGCUGUGCUUUUUCACCAUUUCAUCUUUAUGAAAAUUAUUAUAUUUUUAACAGAUAUAGUCAAGCAUUCCUAGAAAAUUUUCUUGUUAUAUUAAUAAGUUGAUUAUCAUAUGAUUUAAUUCCUGUGUUAUAUUUUUGCAAAUAUUUUAUUGAUUGUUAUGAAUUAAUUUAAUUAUUAAUACAUGUACAUCAUAUGUUAUUUAUAUGAUCUCAAGCUCUGUAUAAAAAGAUAAAGAAGAAUAAGUCCUGGUGUGUUACACACAAGUUUCUAGUAUUUGUUUCUAUAAAAGAAAAAUGUCACGAGUCCAUUGUUUAUUGCUCAAUUCAAUUUCCAAACAAAGAUGCAUUAAAAAGGGCAAUAAGUUGUAAAAUAUCUAUGGUCUUUGAGAAAUUUUAAGUUAUUUGGAAUUAUUAAAUGAAUUUUUAAAAAUUUGAUAAAAUUAGGAAGAAAAUAUUGUCUGACCGUCAGUAAAUCACUUUGCUUACCAAGUGGCACUUUUUAAAUACUAUGUAUUACAAAUUUUUACUUACAACUGAACAUAUUUUUAUAUAGUUACCUAUUUCCAAUGUCCUAUUUAGUACAAUAUUUUGCUUCUAAAUCAGCAAUUGCUUCCCGGAGAGGACUUUGUCUCAGCCAAUCAGGGUUAAGUACCGUAAAUGUAUUUUAUUUGGCGUGUAUGAUAUUUGGCGGAAAAGUGAUUCCUGACCAAGUUAGCGUAUACAUGUAUUUGAAUUGGUGCUUUCUGAAUAUGGUUUUUAUGAAUAUAUAUAAACAAGACAAUUUGCAAUGAACUUAAUUUAGAGGCAGAUGCUUUUAUACACAGCCAAAUGUAAUACAUUUACAGUAUUUGAAAAAAAGUUGUCAUUAUACUUUUAACAAAUUUGCUAGAUUUAAGCAACUUGAUAGUAUAUCACUGAUUUCAUGACUGAUAGAAAUAUCAAUUCAGUUAAAUUCUUUUUCAUUUGAUGCCAGUUGUGAACAAACUAUAUAUGGUGUGUAUUUUUAAACUUGUAUGAAAGUGGCUGUUGGUGUCCUUUUUAAAAAGUAAUCAAUAUUUAAUUAAUGUUUUAAAAUUGUGAUUCUAAUGCUUUAAGUUAGUUUAAUAAACUCUUUAAUUUAAUUAAUUUAGUAAUAUCUUUAAUUUAAAACUACAUGUAUUUUUUAGUAGACUAAUGUUUGUGCCAUUGAUAGAACUGCAUAUGAUUGAAACGAAAUAAUUUCACUCGUUUUUAGUCUUAAGUAACUUCAAGGGUUGUGUUUUUCAGAUUUUUCUACAGUAACUUAUGGUACUGGUAGCAGCAUGUUUUAAGGCAUAUCACAGCACAAUAUAUUACACACAAUAUACACAUAUCAUACAUGUAUGACAUGUUCAUUGAAAACAUAUCGUGAAAUAACUCAAAAUUAACAAUAAUUUUUUCCCACUUAAGUUGUAUUUAAACUUUGGUUUCAAUGACUUUGAUAAUGAUAAUGAAGGAAGCUGUGACCUUGUGUUCAUGAUGUUAGUAUUACCAUAUUCAUUGUGAUAAGAAAUCCAUCUUAAUAUACCUGCAGUGCUUAGAGAUUUUUAUAGCUUUAAUAUUGCAACAACAGCUUACUUAAAAAUUUCAUCGAAAGAUUUUUUUUUUUAAUGGAUGAGAAUAUUCAAUGUCACCCUCACUUUUGCUAGUCUAGUUUUGAUAAAUUAUGUUCAGAAAGAAGUAAAAUUGUGUGUUAUUUGUUAAUUAUCUGUUAAUUCUCCUAGGGAAAAAUUGUAUUUUGAAUUAUGUUGUGCAGAAUCCUUGUAUUUUCCAUGUAAAAAAAAAUUGCUCUGGUCUUUGAUGACCAUCCAUUGUUUAUUAUGAUUGUUCACCUCAAACAAAAUAAUUUUUUCCUUGACUACAAAUGAAUCGAUCCCCUACCCUUUGUUUUAAGUCUGUACAUUUAUAAUGUCUAUUUGAUGUCAACUGAUACAUGUUGUUUGGCUUGUUAAAUGUCAAAUACUUAAGAUUUUUACUGUCAAAAUCUUCUUGAUACUUGUAUACAUUUAAUGUUUUAAUUAUUGAAAAUGCUCUAUUGUUUGAGCAGUUUAAUUUGCAACUUAGAAAAUGUAGACUUCUAGAUAAAUACGUUUGCUGCUAUAAUUUAACUGGGUACAUCGGAUUGUGUUUCACUUGACUACAAACAUUAAUUUUUCCCACCCUGGAAAUAUUAACUACUUCUUCCUUUUCAUGCAUUGCCAGACUGGCAGACAGAGAAGGAAAAUACACUGUUAAGCACAAUGAUAUUAGCAACUUUAUUUCAAGUUUUUGAUUCAUAACUCAAAAUUUUUAACCAGCCAUGCUGUAUAGAGUUCAUUUUUGACUCAAGAAAAAUGGAAGGUAAUAUGUUGUUGCAACUGUAUUCUUUAAUAUCAAUUACAGUCAUGUAAAUGAAGCAUAUGGACAAAAAAAUGGCAGAGCCCUUCAUAUUUACUUCAUGAACCAAGCUAUUUGUAACACAAUUCUUCAUACCGGUUGUGACUGAAUUUUACAGAGAUUUUCCUUUAGAAUUUAGAAGGUCUUAUGAUGAUUUUGAUGAAAUUUAUUUAUUUAAGCAAUGUGAUGAUGAAAUGUGAUGAUGCUGGUUCAUCACAGUGUAUAAUAAAUCUUUUCAAUGAUGA